AUGGUGCACAAGCAUGAGGGCACGCCGGAGGAGUGGUACUGCGAGGGCAAGCAGUCGGGCUGCAAUACGUCGGGGGAUUGCGGCCACAUACGAGCUGUCAAAGACGCUCUCCGGAAUUCGGGCAGAAGCAUCGAGAGAGUGAGCGGCUGCUUGUUCUCCGAGGAUCGACUGGCAAAGGCACGUGCCUGGCUACUCGAAACGGACAGGAAGGAGGAGAGAAACGGGGCGCCGGAGUUGAAAGAGGGAGGCCCGGGAGAAGUGCCGUCCGAUCUGUCUUCCGUCGAACAAUACCUGAUGGAGCUUCUCGUGGGCCAGCCUCAUGAGGCAAGCUGCAAAGGGGCCUUGUGCUUCUGUAAGAAGCACGAGCAGCUCUUCGGUGGGGCAGAUUUCGAGCGGGGAACUUGUGAGGACGGAUGCUGCAACGUCGGCACUGACGCAAACGAGUCUGGGGGAAAGAGAGGAAGACAGGAGCCGGGAGAUCGUUGCUCAGGACGGGGGCCGAAGAGGUCUAAAGGGUUUUGGGCAGCUCAGGAAGUGCAGGGUGGUGGGCAGUUGACGAAAACGGGAGCGUUGCAGUCUGAAAACGAGGAGCUUGUGCAUCCGGACGCUGCGCAACAGGCGUUGGGUGGAGGGGACGGAAAGGAUGCAAUGAGCGGCGCAACUAGAGUGUGCACAAGCUGCGUAUGCCCAGCAUCGGCUUGCCCCCAUAAUACCGAAAGUCCGCUCUGGGCUCCGGUGCUGCCCCUAGACGCCAAAGGUGUGCAGCUCGAGGUCCCUAAGCUGGUCCGGCCGGCUGACAGCUUUGAGGUGCACGAUCCGCAAGUGACUUCGCUGCAGCUGCCCGUUCGGAGUGAGCGAGCUCGUGGCGAGGGACUUCGAGGAGCUGAGCGCUGCGGGGUGCUUGACUGCACCUUGCCCAAAGCCCGGACUGGCUCCCUGUGGCACCGCGUGGCAAGCGUUGCUGCAGAGCGCAUCGGUGCAUUCACUGCGAUGGUCGCUAGAGGAACUGGAUCCGCGUUCAGCGCCCUGGUCAGCGCACAGAGGGCGGUUCGGACGCUUUUCUCCCCGGGGGCCGCUCCCUCUCUCAGCGAAGAGUCGUGGCGGAAGGUUUGCUUGGCUUUCUUUCGGCUGUGUGGGCGAAGCAUCCUCGAGUGCUGCAGCCUUUGCGGACCUCACCCAGACGUUUUGCUCUGCGAUGGUAUCGCCGGGCUAGCGUGCGCGGACGGUAGCAAUUCGAAGGGGGGGCUCGCAGGGACGGCGGCCCGCGAGCUACGGCCUUUCACAGCUCCGAGUCGGGACAGUUCGGGAGAAACCGUCGUGAAGCAUAUGGAAGCCGGUGUGAACUUCAGUGCAACCGCGCUAGAGGGGCGGGGGCUGAAGCGGCGCUUGGUCCACCAGCCGGAGUUGCAGGCUCUAUUGGCGCGAUACAGCCAACAUCAUCCAAAGGACCCGGAUCUGGGUGCGCAGCUGAGCGAGAGUGAAUUCCAGGAGCUGCUGGUUGCGCUGGAUCGUGAUGAUGUGGAGCUCGUCUCGGAGUUCGUCGCCAACCCGGAGGAUGCGGAUGCCGAGCCCGUCCUGCUUCACUGGAGGAGGCGUCUCCUGCAGGAGCAAGUUGGGCAGAUCCGAUCAAAGAACCGAGCUGCACGGCUCCUGUUGGAGGGGAUUAGAGGGGAGACCCUUGAGCACUAUGCCGGGCGCCAACCGUGGUCAAACGAUAGCAAUCUGAUCCAGCAUGGAGCAACGCUGGCUGUUGUUCGGACGAUCCUCUUUGGGGGUACAGCAGAUGAGGGGGGGAAGGCCGUGCUGGCUGAGCAUGCGCCCAUCCUUCGUCGGUUGCUGGAUAGCUACGACGGAGUGUUUCCGGCCUUCUUUUUGCCCACGCUCCACCACUUGUAUCGGCUGACUUUGUUUGGACGAGGGGCAGUAGGGCUGGAGGUUGGUCGAGCCGGAUGGGCACUAUCUGCUAUCGAGGGGCUGGAUACCUGCGUUUGGCUGCUGCAAGUGCGACAAAACGUUCCCGGGUCUUGGAACCAGGAGCGAGAGAAGAGCUACAGCUUCUGGAAAGAGAGAGCGAAUAGCCUGCUCCCCGCCGUUGAGACUUUGCGGCCACCAAACCCCCCCGAGUAUGCUCUUAACCAAGCCGAGCGCGAGCUGCUGCACGAUCGGCUACGUCUCACGGGAGACGGACGGCUUCUUGAAGCGCUUUCCAAAGACCACCCUUACUGCCGAGAGCAGAAAGUGCUCGGCUGCUAUCCCCUUCCCGGUUGGGAGCAGAAGCGGCCCCUGCCACAGUACAAGCCGUUCGAGGAUGCCCUUGGUAAGGCCGUUGAAGGCAGCGAGGAGCACCGCUGUAAGAGCGGUCUCACUGUUGGGGAGUUUGAUGCCAACCUGUUGCCGCUGCCAAGAGUGAGAAGGCAGGAAAGCGGCUGCGGCAGCAUACAAAGGGGGGCUUCGUGUUCUGCUGCCCUCACAGGGUGA